AUGUCUGUAAACACCGGUGAAGAAUUCGUGGUCAGAAGAUCACCCGUAACCUUUUUGGCCUUAUUGACCCAGAACCUGUCAGAAGCCAGAAAUAAUGAUAUCGUGGAUUUACUUAUGUGCGGUGACCUAACGCAUACUAUUCCUGAGGAUGUUCGGCUUGGGAUUUUGCUAGCAAUUCUGCAACUGUUUCAGAAGAACAAAGUGUCGCGGCUGACAUUUCCAGAAUCCUUUAAUUCAACCCAAAGGGGAUUUGUUCGCUUGGUUUCGCAAAUGGUUGGCCUUCGAACUUUCACUUCCGGGAAUGGACCCAUGAAAACGCUCACUGUAUACAAUCCCACAACGGAAAAUUCGGAAGCCAGAACGAUACAUUUAUCACUGAGUUUGAACAGCAAGCGGGCAAUCAUGCACUUACUCCAGUCUAAUCCGCUAAGCGCUAGAGAACGACUUGAAUUAAACCCUGUAAAUGAAGCGCAGCACACUUUUGAUAAAGGUAAUCGUGAAGAGCGGCAACGUGGAACUACUGGGAGAUUGAUGGGGGCAGUGCCUCAAGUGCCGCCAGUGCCGAUUGCACAGACCGUUUUGGUUGCUGAUGGUUUCCACGCUGAAGGUACACAGCCAACUAUUUGUAAUUAUAGCGCGGAAAUAAUUCGCUUGCUCAAACACAGUCAGGUGCUUGUAGUUUUUGGGCCUCCCGGCUGUGGAAAAACUACAUACCUCCCGCAGGCGCUGCGUUGGUUAGGCCAUUUAUUGUGCAUGCCAAAUUAUCGUUUGCCGAAGAGAAUGCUGUUUUCCCUGUCCAAUUCGAAGUGA